AUGCGCCGCCUGCUGAGCCGAUCGAUCCAGACCAGCACACUGCCGGCAGCCAUCGACGGACCACCCCAGCUGGCCGACCUCGAGAAGCUGCGGCCGACCCGACUGGCUAAGUAUCUACCCGCCAUCAACCCCCUCUGGUACAUCGACCAGAUACACACAACCAGCAAACGACUCGGCAGAGCAUUCUCAAAGCAACAGCUGCUCCGGAUAUGCCAGAACAUCCAAGCCACCACGCCCACGCCCACGCCCACAACCAGGUUCAACAGCAAGAGCCACUCCAAACAGGACCUCAUCUCAUUCAUCCUCUUCAAGCACUGGGCACUCACCAACCCAAUCGACAUCCCAACCGACCACUCAUUCCACUCCCUCCUCAAGAACUUCAGAGCUAACCACCAGUCCCACCAGCUCUCCUACCACGAGCUGUUCCUGCUCCAACUCGACCAAGCCAAGGAACGGCCAACCAGCAGUCUGAUCGACAGACUAGCCCAGACCACCCAUGUCACCAUCAACCUCUCCCUCGAACAUCUCCAGCUCACCAUCCUCGGCCAGAUGAAGGACCGCCAGAGGUUCUGGACCGAAUUCGAACGCACUCGGAGGCCCGUCUACCGCCACGAAAUCCCGCUCACCACCCACCAACUGGCCACCAUCCCGCUCGACAAUCGCAUCCUACUCAGCCAUCUUGCAGAGCUCUCCAACUGUUCCCUGGAAUUCCUCUCCGAAAAUCAUCCAAAGAAGAUCCUAGUUGCUUACGCCUUUGACCAACAUAACCUAGCCGAAAGAGUCUCAGAUGUCCUCGAGCGAUAUGCGAUCCUAGCGAGCGAAUACGACCAUACGCCGACCCUGAUCGACCUCCAGCCGGAGCCGGAUCGGAGGAGCCCGGAAGCAGCAUCCAGCAGCUCGCUCGGAUUUCUGCCCUUCUCGCAUCCUUUCCAGCCCGACUGGCCGCAUCAUCUGACCUUCGAUCAGAAGAGCCUGAGCAGACUGUCGGCCCCCUCUUCGAACCCUGCCGCCAACACUCUAGUCGACGACGGCGGUGCUGCGCUUGAUCCUCACCUGCCGCCUGCUCCGAUGAUCGACCUCCAUGGCUUGCUUGCGUCUUCCUUCCCCGUCCUCACUGGCCCUUCAUCGGCAGACUCGAUCACCCUGCACGACUGGAUCAGCAGCAGCUUUCCCACCCAAGACGGAUCGUUGGAAUGUAGAGUCUAUCACGGUCAUUAUGUGCGCUCGAAAGACCCGGCCGGCCCACUGCUAGACCAGGCCUCGAUGAUCCUGCUCCCUACGCAUGAUGAGCAGGCUGGAACGAUCGUCAAACAGCUCAGGUCCUUCUGGACGUCAAACCGCACAACCUCUCCCCCUUCUCCGACACGGAGAUUCAUCUUUCUGAAAUCGCCACGGCAUCCGGUGGAAUCCGGCAUGCUUGCCAAGCCGCCAAGCGUCGGAGAAGGCGACUCUCCACCCAGUCGAGAGCCUCGGGAAGACCAAGCCAUGCCGAUCAUGUACGAAGUCGUUCAACAGGAACCAAGGACACCCAGUCUGUUGGAUGAUCAAUCCGCUACAGGAGCUGAUCAACAAGGUGUUGGUAGUAGUAGUAGUGAUGGAGAGGAGGAAGUGCGGCGGAAGCGGGUGGUUAUUCUGCGGCCCCGCCAAUCGACUGAUUUGAUGGUCGAGGUCGACCCACGCAAGCGGCCGGAUGGACAGCCCUCUGCGGCCGCCGGGAAGCAGCAAGAUGUGCGCGAUGAGUGCCGGGACGAGGGCGAGCGCUCGUGGCCGAUCGCGGACCGUUCAUCGAUCCCCCAGGCCGAGUCUUCUCGGUGA